CGUUCACUGUGACAGAAGUUCUCAUCAUCAUACUGUUUUGUUUACAUCAUCCCAAGUUAUUAAAAUUACAAAUAAAUAAUGUGCUCUAAGCCGGAUGAAGACGUCACCCAAACGCUCCAUACGAUUUUUCACGAGGGGCUCGAUCUGUACAAUAAAGUGUCCAAUAGUAACGAGCCGACCAACAGUCCCCAGAUACAAAGGGACGUGCAAAAGGGGAUCGCCCUCCUGGAACAGGCCACUCGUCUGGUGUCACUCGCGGAUAUUUUCAGUAAAAACGAGGAACUGGACGAACUGGCCACUAAUGACAUCCAGUACCUCCUGCUCCCCGCUCUGCUCGGUUUUCUCACUGCGAAAUUGACCUCCAGGGAACGCAAGGAGGUGGUCGAAAUAGCAGAAGUUUAUUUCAAAGAUUUCUUGCAAAGAACCAACGGCUACAAGCUGAGCAAUUAUCACUUUAAUAAACCAGAAGAAACAGUUGAUAACUCGAAAAAAACCGACUUUGAAUUGCUCUCUAUGGCCGUAAACACGCGAGCCAACAAAAUUCAAAAGUACCGGGAGCACAAGGAACUCAAAGAGCAUCUGAACAAUUUAAAGACCAACGUGGAAAACGAACAUGCAGACGAGGACAUCAAGAGGAAAUAUUUCCUCACCAUGCUGCGGGUGUUCAUCCAUGAUGUGGUGGAUGAGUUGGAGAGCAUCAACAUGGAAAAACCGAUUUUGGAGCACAUGGCCGCAGUGAAAAGGGAGGAUGCACCCAAGCCCAAAAGACCACCCCCGCCCCCCCUGAAACCGAUAAUCAUCACAAAAGAUGCUGCACAAAAGGCAGUUUAUGGGGCUGGAUACCCCUCGUUACCCACCAUGACUGUGGAUGAGUUUUAUGAAAAGAGGGUGGCAGAAGGGGCUUUUCCGGAUCCCAAUAAACCCAGGGAGGCAAAAGGGGGAGCCAUGAGUCUUCAGGAAGCCUCAUUGGCAGGUAUUUCAUUGAAUGACCAACAGGAUCAGGAAGAAGAAGAGACUGAAAAUAAAGAAGAGAGAGAUGAUGAGGAACUAAUUGCAAGGAUGAGAGCUCGGGAUGAAUAUAGAGAUGAACACAGGAGGGGAUGGGGCAACAGGAUGAACAGGAGUUGAAUCAAUUCAUCUCAUAAUUUAUUUAUUAUUCAUUGUCCAAUGCUUAUGGUAAUAAAGUUGGUAAAAACCUUG